AUGACGACAAGCAAUAUUGACAGCGUUGGACAAUUCUUUGAAGGAGAACCUAGAGAGUCUUCUAGCAAAAUUAAUUUACUUUCUAAGACAUAUCAAGACAAUAAGGUAAUAGAACGAUUUUUACUAAAUUGCUGUAAUUGCUGUAUAUAUACGUCUAAGGGCAAAAUCUAGAAGGGACAGCUUGUUUUAUUUAAUACAAUGCAGUCAAAAUUUCCUGAUUAAUUUUGUUGCUCUUUGUUUUGUCCGUUGAAAAAAACAUUACCGAGGGCUCGCAAGUAUUUGGAAGAUCGGCAAUGCACGCAUGUUGCGCAGGCUACUUAUUUAAAAAAAAAUUCUAUUAUACCAUAUCCUGCAUGAUCAAUCUACGAAAGUAACGGAUUGUUGUGAAAAAAUCCGAAAAUUCUAUUGUUUCCCGAAUGUGAAGUUUCCUCGUUUGUCCGACCAUGCAAGAAAACGAAGUGAGGCUAAAUUUUCCAACAAAUUCAGUUAGAAACAUAUUGUGUUCUCACGUGGAAGGACUUGUUCGUCCAGGGUAUAUUAGCUAUAGUCAGAGGAAUGAAAUAAUUGUUCUAUUUCAUUACAGACUCAAAAUUUGGACCAUGAUCUCGGUGAAUCAGGACCGGGUAUGUGCAUUUGUUUUAUCAGAUAAAGUGAUUUUUAUUAAUGUGUUAGCCCAUAUGAUUUUUCCAGAGUCCUCGCCUAUUCAAAAACAGGUAAAAUCGCCUGGUGUUAGACAGAGUAACGAACGUUAAGGUUCCAACCUUUCGAUUUCCACGCAGAUGCGUUCCUCCUGAUCUCCGAUUUGAAUCUAAACUGCCCGAUUCAAUUCAGAACGAUAUCCAAUUAUUAUCAUUAAGAAAUCAGAGUAAAGUGCUUAUGCGACGAAAUUUUUUAUGACUGCAUUGUACAGUACAUAAAAAUUUGUAGUAUGUUGACAUAACAGAUAUGCACAGUUUAUGAUUUCUAUGCAGGACAUUCAAUUAGUGACUUGAAGUUUUUUCGGAAAGUUAGUAUGUAAAGUGACGUGCUAGUUAUAGGCUACAUAUACAUAAUUAUAUUAUUCAGCUCAUUCCCCAUGCAACAGGGCUUUUCAGUGACCGAUUACAUCAUUAGGUUUACUUGUAUUAUCUACUUAGCCUAGACUAAUUAUCUUUACAACAAUUGUGAUAUUACUUUCCUAACUAUAUGUUUAUCCUAACCCACCCUAUUAACUUACCCUGGGAGGAAACCGGAGCACCCGGAGAAAACCCACGUUGACUGACUCUUUUCACAUGGGCCCGUAGCGAGAAUCGAACCCACGUUCUCAGAGGUGAAAAGUUCAAAUCGAAACGAAACUCCAUACUAACUAGAGUUGUUUCAUUUCAUAGGAAUGGCGAAAGUCUUGGUAAUCAAUCUUCUGCAUGCAUGGAAGCAUGAUACGUCUACCAUAAUAUUUUCUUUGCGAAAUUCAUUACUGCUUAUCUACAAAACCUGUAAAGUGUAUGUUUUGACGCUGCUGUUUCUAGGUAUAUACAUUCCAAUAUUCUUUUCUUUGGGAGGAAUUCUUUUGAUGGUUUUUCUGCUGUUGCUUGGUUCUUUACCCGUUUUGGGUGGAAUGCUUAUCGUACCGCUGUUGAUAAGUAUUGUUGUCACAGCAUCAGCAUCCAUUGGCUGGUACGUCGGCAUACAAAUAAUCGAGAACUUCAGACAAUCACCAUGGUUAUCUGUUGCUGUUCAUCAGUUAUGUGAUCGUGUUAAACGUUUUCAUCCCUGGACUAUAACGAAAAUGAAGAACGUCCUGCUUAACCAAUCUAAGGUAUAAAAGUGGUAAUUAUUUUCAUCGCUGUUAGGGAAAGUACAUUUAUUACGCCGAGGGGAGGGGGGGGAGGGGGUGAAGAUGUCUUGAAAAAAGCCCAUAUUUUUACAGGGCCCCUGUUGAGGUUAUUGGUAAAUUUUCGAUGCUCCCCCCCCACGUUUCUAAAAUUUUUAAUGUCCCCUCCCUGGAAUCGAAGGAAUACAAUCCUGAAUUCUCUCUUAUCGCAGAUACAACUUGCAGUUCCUUAAGAUGUCUGAUAUACUCAAACACGUGCUUCUCCUCAACAAAAAUACCGACUUGCUGCUUCUUUCACCUUCUCACUAUUGCCAGAUGAAAUGGCACCGUCUUUUUAAAAAACCGUUUUAGAUCGGCUCUAGGGGCGAAACAGAUCGAUGUUGUUGUUGUCCAUCAUUCGGCGUACAGGUUGUUGUUGUCUACAGGUUGUUGUUGUCCAUCAUUCAGCAUAGUCGGAGUCUUGAACACGUUGAUAUAUGUAGUGGCCAGGAUUUACUGGAUCAGGAUAAUGUGCUGGAACCCUAGAGAACCUCGUCCCCACCCAACGUAUCUCCUGGCAUUUGCUGUAAAUUUCGACUUCGCAUACCUGUCAAAAAUGCAUGCAUACUCCAACUUCUUUAAUUUUCAUCCCGUUUCUGCUAAAUUUCCCAUGAACAUAGAACAUAUCAUUCUUACAUAUCAUAUGUUUUUUUGUUUUUAGAAUUGCUACUUUUUGACUGGUACAUUACGCCACACACUUGGCGCCAAAAAAUUAAAAUAAGUUAUAUAGUUAAUUUCAUCUUAAAACUGAAAUCGGUUUCGAAAUACAACCAUUCCUUGCGAAGAUAUAAUGACUUAAAUUUCUAAAAAUCCGCCAUUUUGUUCUAUUUUUAGUAACAUAUGGCGGAUUUUUCGACAUUUGUCACAUUUGUAUCGCCAUAUCUUGCCAUAAAAUGGUUGUAUGUAGAAAGUUGUUAACAGAUUUCAGUUUUAAAGUACCCCUAGUCUGCUCUUCUAAAUGUAUUUACAAAAUCACCAAUAGCAUAUUUUUAAUUUUUUGGCGCCAAGUUUGUGGCGUCAUUUACCCGCCAAAAAGUAGCAAUUCCAAAAACAAAAAAACAUAUGGAAGGUAGAAACAGGAUGAAAAUGAAAGAAGUUGAAGCAUAUUUGUGCUUUUGCAUGCAUUUUUGACAUGCGUGUGCAUGCAUGCAUGCAUGCAUGCAUGCAUGCAGCCUUAUUUUAGUACGUACAUGCGGAGCUCUCCCAUGAAUAGAUGGUUUGGAAACUCAUUAGAAUAAUCUAUGUUAGUCAACAUUUAUUCAUAAAUAUGUUCCUUCACCGUCACAUUUGUAUUAUAUUUUUGCCAUGUCCACCAAUAGCAAUUUUCAAUUUACCCUAUUGUUCGAGUCACGGAUAGGUAACUUUCCUAAAAUAUUGCUAUUGGUUAAUCUGGUAAAAAUAUAAUACGCACGUGACGAUAAAGGACCAGAUUUAUGAAUACACGUUCACUAACAUAAAUAAUGAGUUAUAUUGUUAUUCUAAUGAGUUUCCAAACCAUCUAUUCUAUUAACUAUGGUGGGAGUAAACUCUCCAGGCCCCUGCUAGACGAAAACUUUGAAAAGUUUAUAGCCCCCUCCCUCGGUAUAUCGAGAAUUUUCAGAGCUCCCCCUUUAAUGCCAGAAAAUAUUUUGGUGCUCCCCCCUUAACAUCUUCAUCCUCCCCCCCUCGGUAUAAUAGUACUUUCCCUUAUAUAUACAUUUAUAUUUUGUUGUCUAUGCAAAGAUCUUAUACCCAGGGAACGAUAAUAAUGGUUUAAUUAUUUAUUUGCCAACUAGAUUGGUCGUUUAAUAUUAGAAAUAUUUCACUUUGCACUUGACAAUAUUACGGCUCUGAGACAAUAUUAUCGUCUAAACGAUAUUAACGUAUAAAAACAGCCAUUCGCUGGAUAAUUUUAUUUUAAGCUGGAUAAUUUGGUUGUGCUUUGCAUGACGUUUUCGAUUAAUGUUGCUUCAUGACAAUGUCCUCCUUUUAUGGAGAAUCUUCGUGCUAGACGUGUCCAAGACAGUCCUCGGCGAUAGAUAUAUGUUGAACAUUACGUAUAUAUAGUCUCCCUCCAUAGCCUUAUACAGAAAGAAGUCUUCUAAACAAUGCAUUCAAGUAGACCAGAUGCUCGCCUGGAAUGGGUUGCACAAAACGCUGAGCAAUUAUACUUAUAUAGAUUCAACUACCAAUCUGCGAUUUCCUUUGUGAGCAGCAGCAAAAGAUAACGGAGUGGAUCUGCGACUAGGCAUGAAGUUCGCUAUAGCUGCAUGAAAAUAUGCAUGAGUGCGUUCAAGUAAUCUCGUACCCGCUCAAGCCUACGAUGCUCCUCCUGAUUUAGAAACCCAUGGCCAUGCUUAAAUUUGCAUUAUUAAAUAAUAUGAAACCAGAGAAAUUCAAGAAUAUGGAAUUCUUGUGUGAACAAUAAAUUUAAUUACACGAGCAAAACUACAGUACGUAUAUUAUUUUCGUAGAUUGUUUCUACGCAACAAGGACAAGUUGACAACAACGGUCGGUUGGACCAGUUGAGCAAUGAAUCAUCAGGCGUCAAAGCUAAUCACGGAGGUCAACAUAAUAUUGAAGAUAUUUCACAAAUACAAAAUGAAAGAAAUCAAGAGCAACUAUCAAUUAACAGUUUGACAGACUUGCACACUGAUUGGGAUGAUAUAGAUGGUGAAAGUUCAGUGAUUUGUUAUAAUAGUUUUAGUGGGAUAGAAAAUAAUGGGAUAGAGGCCGUUUCUAACGAAAGAUCAUCCGAUACUUCACCAGGUAUUAGUGACGAUUUUAAAUCAAAAGAGGGCUAUCCAGAUUUGGGCAUUGACAGAAUUCAGAAACUAAAAUGCUCUCAAGAUAUAUUAAGCGAGAUGAAACGACACUCCAAACCACAUAUCUUCCAAUAA